AUGAGCCCAAUAGCGGCUCGAGGUCUUCUGAAACCUGCAUCGUUCAUGAUGCCGGCACUUCGCGAGUCUCAUGCAGCAUUAUUCCGCAAGAGACCAGCUCAGCUUAUCGUGAACCGGAUUAAGGAUAUCUGCCACUUCUAUUUCAUUGGAAUUGGCAUUCUUCCUGUUAUUCUAUGCUUAACGUACAAUCAUAUUGUGUACGGUACAUGCGAGCUUCGAGAUUAUCCAGAGGGCGAAUCUCCCCACUAUUGGCAAUUCGAAAGAACACCUGUUCGUCAGUGGUGGGCGAAAUGGUUCGGCGUUUCGGACAUCGAGCAUCAUGAGCGAAAUCUCGCUUAUUACGAAAAACUAGGAAUUCAGGCUAGAUGGAGGCAAAUCGAGCAACAUGGCAUGCGUUGCGCAUCCGUGACCAAUACGAGCAGCAUGGACACUAUCCACAGUAGUGCAUUAGGCCUGCGCUUUUGGGUGUCUUCGAGUGACUCCUUCGGAUACCAAUUCUUUUUUUUUCUUGGAGUUGAUGUUGUUUAUUUAGUACUUUGUAGUUGUAUAUAG